AUGGGUAGUACAUCAUCACUGCAUCGGAAUGUGGCACUUCAAGAUGGCGGCCUUUGGCUUGCCAACUUAGUCUCGCUUAGGUACGGGAGGUUUGCCUCCCUUUGUCGGAAAGUGGCAUGGGCGCGCCCGAGGGCGGGUCGGCCUAGCAUGGGCCAAACGCCCGCCCCUGCCGACACUAUGAACUCAGCUCCUGGGAAAAGCACCACCCGCUCUUCGGGAUACCAUCAGAAGGCGCUAGCAGAGAUCAGGAACUCCCUUCUUCCAUUCGCUAACUCAGGUAACGAAAAUGGUGUGGGGUCAAGCGCCGCCUCAACUAUAUCAACUCUUUCUACUACAAGUGGUGUCAGUUCUGCAUCCUCUGCAUCAAAUGGUCUUGAUAAGGAAUCUUUAGCAAGACAAACACUAGUUCAACUCGUCACAAUGGGAUACUCUGAGAGCUCUUACAUUUCUAAUUCAAAUUCAUAA